CAACAUGAAAGUCUGCAACUGUUUUCGACAUUCCGUGUCAUUACUCCGGCAAGAAGUACCGGCGUCAGAAUACGAUGAUCCGCUACUGUAUUAUACUGCAGAACUCCUAUAACAUACUUACUUGUACUGUCGCGUACAGAAACGGAUACGGAGAUCGUAAUCUGAUAGGCAUCCUGGUGUCUGAUGAAUGGAUCAGAUUGGCUGCGCAUGUGGAGAAUUUGCUCUUCUUCGUCCAGGCCUUCAAGUUUCGCUAGCGAACCGAAUGGAGUUGCGGUUUUGCCGGAUCUUCAUGCUGUCAUAUUGUACAAUACGAUUCUAUCAGCUGUACGAGCGCAUCCAUCCCUUAACAGUUCGUACUGCACAUGCGGAAUUCAUGCAUAAACAUGAGCCGAAAGCAGCAGCCAAAUGGCCGAUGGCAGUGGUAGUUUGUUAUUAGUGUUAAGAAGCCACGGAGACUGCAUGGUUGAGACGGUAACGUUUCUUUCCCUUCGCUAGCCGAUUAUUAUCACCAACUAACACAACUGAUUAGCUAAUGCAGCUUGUUAGCCCCUGCGUGCGCUGUUUGCUGGUCCUUUAAUAUGUUCUAAUGGACACUAGUGACCUUUGAACUUGACUUAUUGUUGUGCUUUCACAUGCUUGUGUCAGCAGCAAAUGUCGUUAGUUGUUGGCAGACUUUAAAUUGGACAAUUUAAAUUUAAAAUCUGUUAGUUAUUUUUUUGUUAAACCUUCGCUAAACCAUGACCGAUCAUCCUUCCCUGCAGAACCUGUCCAUCUCCAGCAACAGUUCCUCCGGCUACAGCAGUCCCGGUUCCGGCAUUCUUUCUAACGGAAAUUAUAUUGCUAACAUGGGAAAACGCGUGCAGGCUCAUCUGCAGCCCGGCGGCACAGCCAGCGUCAACGGGCUCCUCAGCAGCAGUUAUUCAUCAGGCGCUUCGGCGGUCAGCGACCUGAACCGAUCCGCCGGGCGCUCUCCAUCCAUCAGUCCCAAAUCCUCGCCACACCACAGCUCCAACGAUGCCCUGAAUUCCUCCGCGUCCAUCUCCAGCGGUGUGGGCAGCCAGAACAGCAGCGUACUGCAGACGUCAAUCGCACCCGGAAGUCUGGCGGAUCACCUGGGUCAACUGUUGCGGGAUAAGCGACAGCUGGCCAACCUUCCGCGCGACACCUUCAUGCACGUAGAACGCUUGCUGGAUGAAGAGAUCAGUAAGGUGCGAAUCAGCUUGUUCCAAGAUGGAGAGGGUCCGAAAGAGCUGGUUCUGCCCGAGGAGGAAGGCCCUGCCAUGACCCAGACAGAAAAGGUUUUCAUUCCCGUCGACGAGCAUCCCGAUUUCAACUUUGUGGGGCGAAUUUUGGGACCUCGUGGACUGACCGCAAAACAGCUGGAGAAGGAAACUCAGUGUAAGAUCAUGAUUCGCGGCAAGGGAUCGAUGCGUGACAAGCAGAAGGAGGCUCAGAACCGAGGUAAGCCGAACUGGGAGCAUUUGGACGAGAAUCUUCAUGUGCUGAUAAGUGUGGAAGAUACUCCGGAACGAGGACGCAUCAAGCUGAAGCGGGCGGCCGAUGAAGUUCGCAAAUUGUUGGUCCCAAUGAACGAAGCUGACGAUGAGCUGAAAAAGCGGCAACUUAUGGAGCUGGCAAUUAUUAAUGGCACUUAUCGUGAAAGUCCAAAGGCCUUCGCUAUUAGCAAUGGCAUGAAUCCUAUUAUUUCGCAGUAUUACGUGGAUAACGCUACCCGCAUGUUGGCCAACCAGGCGGCCAUGGUGCAGGCUGCUGCCCGACAGCAGACUCUUGGUGCUCCGUUGAUGCUGCCGGCCACGCAUCAGCACAUGGGCAACACCUCGGGAUCCUCUCCACGCUAUUACCACGCCUCCGCCAGUCCCGUUUCGCUGCCGGUGCCGGACGCCACGGGUCUCUUGCUCAACCCCUACGAAUACGCUGCGGCUGCCUCCUAUAAUCCAGCGCUGGCCGCUUCCUUGUUGAAUGGUGAUUAUACUACCUUGGAGUCGCUUGGAGCUGUUGGUGGCGUGAUUAAACAAAAACGGCAUUUGGGAACGAACAGGGAACAAGUCCCGUAUUCCCGCCCCGCGACUAUUGCUGGUGCACCUAUUGUAACCGGUAACACGGUUUCUGCCUCUGCUUCCUCUUCUUCAACUUGACCGCGCUUCUAAUAAUCUGUGGUGCCCUUUGUAUUUACAUGUUCUUAUAUGAAGUUUAAAUCCAUUCUUGGCUUGGAUAUCACUAACUCUUGGCAUCUGCUUAACACGUCCAGGUUGGUGAAAUCAGGGACAUGAUCUGAUCUGUUGAUUUUAUGGUGCCUCAAAAACGUUUUCAAUUUUUGCAUACUGUUAAGAGCACGUUGUUGAUGUUGAGAUGUGCAUUAUCUUGUUGUUGAACUAUUUGUGCCAGCUUAAUGGUUUGAAGUACUGCUCAAUUUUUCUUAGCCCAGACUCUAGAAUAGAAUACCCGCCUACGUUUUACCCGAGGCAAAAGCUCAGUUUUCAAAAAAAGAUGUUUCUAUUACUCGUUUAUAUUAUAGUAUUGUUAAUCGUCUUAUUUCGUUGCGUUUUAAAAAUAACUCAGCUUGGAGAUAGUCACCACUUUGUUAUAGCUUGCACAUCGAUGAGGAAUAUGAGUACUCGUACCGAAGCGGCGAUGCAGCGAUAAUCGAAUACUGGCUUAUGCCAACACUACUUGCUGAACACUUAUCAAUAAAAUUAACUCAAAACUUGUGAAGCACAGUAUUGUACUUACUCGUAUAGUAAUCGAUUCUUCCGAUUUUGUUUGGUUAGUUAACUAUAGCUUCAGUAUACAAGUUUGCUAUUCCGAAUAUUCCGUUCGCUACUUGCAAGUACGAAAUUAACCUUGCAAUUACGAAAUUAAAUUUUAUGAAAUUGUAUGCAUACGAGAAAGAAUUUCAUUUUCUUGAAACAGGAAAGUAAGUAAAUGUGGAGCUACGUACCAUAAGGCAUAAGGUAGCACAAACCUUAAAUUAAUUAAAUAAAGUCACUUCUAUGCGCCCCAAAAUUUUAGGGCUCAUAGCACUUUCGAUUAAAUAAUGUACGAAGACGAACAAAAGCUUUGCGCUGUUAUAGUUCGAAAAAAAUCAAGUACGGUAUUACAGUAUCUCUUAACAGCAGUUUGUGAAUGCCGAUCUUAUUCCAAAACCUGUGUACAUUCUCUGUAAUGCACCAAAUGGAUGUGAAAUCUUUUUUGUUGUUCGUCGUUUUAAAACAAGAAUGAAACUGUGCAAAAGAUUAAAAAACCAUAAAAGACAAAACAUGGGAACAUGAAAACUGUGCCACCUUCGCAAAAAGAAGGCUAAAUGCACGGGAAUCUAACCAUUAACAUAUUCCCGAAUUCAAGAAGAAAAGAAUCAUCUGUCAAUCUGAUGAUGCGCAACUGAAGAAAUUAUCACAUAACAAAUCCGAACUGGCACACCAAAGACGUGAGAUUAUAGUCAUGAUCAGGCAAGGAAUGGAACAUGAUUGGCAGGAAAAUUAUACUAAAGGAUAGCUGGCAGCUGUGGCAAUGCCGCACUGGUUUUUCUUGUUGCGAACCAUCUUAAUGUAGCCAUCAUCUCCCCAUUCCUCACCCCAGCUGUUCUU